AUGCGUGAAAUACAAACAGAAGCCGUUUAUUUUCAUCAUCUGGACAAUUUAAUAUCGAAUAUUAGAAUCGAAGAAGUUUUUACCCAUAGUGACGAUUUACCUUUUUUUAUCAAAGAAGAAGAACUAUCGGAAGAUGAAGUCAAAAAUAAAUCACAAUUAGAUUGUGAAAAUAAUUUUCAAGUAAAACUGGAAUCAGUUGAGCAGGAUGAUGUUGCAGUCGAAUUGCCAUCAUACAGUGACGGAGAAACAUCAUCGGAUAAUAUUGACAUGGAUUACAAACCUAUUUUUGAUUACAAUAUGGACGUGGAACCAUAUACAGCACCAGAUUUACACAAUGGUUCAAGUCAAGAUGCAAAGACAGCCCCCAUAAAUCAUGUAACCCCAGAUACAAUUCGUUGUGAGGUUUGUUCAAGAGUUUUUAAGUCCCAUUUUAUUUUACGUAAGCACUUGAAGCUACAUAUCAUUUCUCGAGGCUUCAAAUGCCAAAUCUGUGACAAACUGUUUGCCUCAAAGUCUUUCCUAGAUUCCCACAUGAAUAUACACAUCGGUGUGCGUCCGUAUGGUUGUAGAGUUUGUAAAAAACGUUUUUUUGAACGAAACAAUUUUAAAGUACACAUGAAGGAACAUAGGAGCCCCAAAAAGCAUAAAUGUGCGUUUUGUGAUGAAGUAUUUAAAUGGUGCAGUAGUUUAUUGAAGCACUUAAAAACACAUAACAAUACUAGGCCUUUUAAAUGCAAUUUGUGUCAACAAGAUUUUGCACAACGUAGUUUUUUAGACUAUCAUAAACUUAAGGUGCAUUUGCAAUCAGCAAAAGAAUCGUCUCGGGAUCAAAAUUUAGGUGUCACAGAUCAUGUUUUGUCUCGGGAUCAAGAUUUAUGUUUAAGGGAUUGUCCAGUAUUUUCAGAUCAAGAUUCUAGAGAUCAUUUAUUGUCUUGGCAUCAAGAUUUAUGUGUGAGAGAUUGGGAUCAAGAAUCUUGUGUAAGAGAUCAACCAUUUAUUCAAAAUCAAGAUUUAAGUGUCAGAGAUUAUCCAUUGUCUCGGAAUAAAAAUUCUUAUGUAAGAGAUUAUAUAUUGUCUCAGAAUCAAGAUUUAAGUGUCAGAGAUAAAAAUAAACUUUUAAUUGUCAGAGAUUGUCUACUGUCUCAGAAUCAAGAUUUAAGUGUCGGUGUCAGAGAUCAUCUGUUGUCUCAGACUAAAGAUUUAGGUGUCAGUCUCAGAGAUCAUCUGUUGUCUCAGAAUCAAGAUUUAAGUAUCAGAGAUAAUAAUCAAGAUUUAAGGUUCAGAGAUCAUGUAUUGUCUCAGAAUCAAGAUUUAAGUGUCAGAUAUAAGAAUAAACAUUUAAGUGUCAGAGAUUGUCUACUGUCUCAGAAUCAAGAUUUAAGUGUCGGUGUCAGAGAUCAUCUGUUGUCUCAGACUAAAGAUUCAGGUGUCAGUGUCAGAGAUCAUCUGUUAUCUCAGAGAGAUAAGAAUCAAGAUUCAAGGUUCAGAGAUCAUGUAUUAUCUCAGAAUCAAGAUUUAAGUGUCAGAGAUUAUUUAUUGUCUCAGAAUGAAAAUUUAAGUGUCAGAGAUAAAAAUCAAGGUUUAAUGGUCAGAGAUCAUCAUUUGCCUCAGAAUCAAGAUUUAAGUGUCAGAGAUCAUUUAUUGUCUCAGAAUGAAAAUUUAAGUGUCAGAGAUAAAAAUCAAGGUUUAAUGGUCAGAGAUCAUCAGUUGUCUCAGGAUCAAGAUUUAAAUGUCAGUGUCAGAGAUCAUCAGUUAUCUCUGAAUCAAUAUUUAAAUGCCAGAGACAAUCUAUUAUCUCGGGAUCAAGAUUUAUGUGUCAAUGUCAGAGAUCAUCUAUUGUCUCAAAAUCAAGAUUUAAAUGCCAGAGACCAUCUAUUACCUCAGAAUCAAGAUUCUUCUUCAAGAGAUUAUCUACUACCUCGAGAUCAAUCUCUAUCUACCAAAGAUUAUCCAUUACGAAGUGAUUCUCGUGACCGCCCCUUCGAGUGUUCUUAUUGCCACAAACGUUUCCUCCAAUCCCACCACCUCCAGAAGCACGAAGCAAUCCACACUAGGGAAAAAAUCCAAGGGGGCGACCGUAAACACCAAUGUCGUUACUGUGACAAAAGAUUCCUCAGACUUUACCACUUGAAGUUCCACGAAUUUACUCACACGGGGGAGAAGCACUUUAAAUGUGAUCGAUGCUCGAAAGAGUUUGCGCGGGAAUAUAAUUAUAAUAGACAUUUGAAGUCACAUUUGUUCGAAUGCGAAAUUUGUCAAAGGAGCAUGCCGAGUGGUAAGAAGUUGCAGGAGCAUUUGAAGAUGCAUCAGAAAGAGGAUCGUAAUGAGUGUGAGUAUUGUUAUAGGGUGUUUCAAAAGUUUGAAACGCUGGAAACCCAUUACAUUACAGUGCAUAGCGAGCAGAUUGAGGAAAUACGAAAUUUUGAAAUGCAAACCACAGAGGUAAAUGAUGUUUUAACACAAUCUGGUGGAAAUGAGUGUGUAGUUUGCGGGAAAAAGUAUGAUUUACAAACACAAUUGAAGUUACACAUGAAGUUUCACAAUAAAACUGGUGUAGAUGUUGUUAAAGUGCAACAAGAACACGUAAAAUGCCUAAUUUGCAAUAAUACUUAUUCCAAUAAAUGGCAUUUGGAGCGCCACAUGAUUGUUAACCAUGCACCAACACAAACUUUUGAAGAAAAAGUUUCCGACGGCGCUCAUGAGUGCACAACUUGCAGCACCUUAUUUUACAACAAGACUGACUUAGAUGUGCACUUAGAGUUUCAUCGAACCAAUGAAGAUACAUCUUUAGACAACCGGUUUAAGUGCCUUUGUUGUAUCCAAUCUUUUGAUGCUAACAACUCACUAAGAAAACAUUUAAAAACACAUAUAAAUCCUGACAAAACCCUGAAUCCGAAUGUCAACGACUACGAAUGUAGCGUUUGUAACAAACCGUUUCCUUUUAAAGAACAUUUGAAAAAACAUUUAAACACACAUAAAGACAAAACACAAUUGGCACUUUUGGAACUUGCUAGAUUGAAUGUUAAACCUCCCAAGUGCCAUUUGUGUUCAAAAGUGUUUAGUAAAAACAGUCAUUUAAAACGACAUAUUAAUAAUGUUCAUUUACGCAAAAAUAAAAAUGCCCCUAAAAUUUCUCACCAUGCUAGUCCUGACGUGAAUUCCCUAAAUAUCAUUCAUUCCUGUCCAGUUUGUUCCAAGCAAUUCGCCAGACCUUCAGAUGUCAAACGACAUAUAAAACUGGGACACAACAAGUAUAAAUCUCCUAACCCCACCCAGUCUCUGAUACCAGACCUUUUCCAUUUACACAAAUGCAGAAUGUGUAACAUAAGUUUCAAUUCAAAAGAAUCCUUAGAAAUCCAUAAACUGUCCCACGACAAUGUGUUAAAAUGUACUAAGUGUACAGAGACUUUCUACGAUGAUGAUCUUUUACAAAUUCAUUUACAAUUGCAUAAUGAGGCUUGCGGGUUGUGCUGGAAGCAGUUUGUAUCGAAGGAGAAUUUAGAGAAGCAUAUGUCAGCAGUACAUGCACAAAGGCACAAGUGUAUUAUUUGUGAUAAACAAUUUGCAUUGAGUAAACAGUUGAAUAAACAUAUGGAGAUACAUAUUGGGAUUUAUUGAAGGUACAGACAAAUAAAGUUUUGAUUUAGUGAUGAGAUAAAUGAACUGGAAAGUCAAUAUUGUUUGAAAUGAGUCAAUUUUUUAUAUUUUUAGGGCUCAGUAUUACAAUC